GACACCCCUACCUGCAAGUCCUGGAUUGCGAGACGUAGUCACGUAGUCGACGUAGUCACGUAGUUGUAAACAGACACACGUGUUCUCAUGAAGUUUCCUUACCACGUUGGCCUCCCCAGCCUCGUCCCUACUACGACAGAAGUGCAGGCUACCGAUUUCGAAGUCCGAGCUCACGGGGCCGGGGCUUUUUGAGCACCGAAGAUGUCGACGAAUACACAGACAAGCGGCUCUGUGAGGAGCGGUGCUGGCGACGCAUCCAAAGUACACGCGGACCGCAAAUUUUACGAUCUACCCGAAGCAUACGCUUUCGGUUCCUUCAAGCAAAAGGCCGGGGACAGAAAAGGUGUGGGCGAUGAGCAGCUCCUGAGGUACAUUCACGACAGUGUCAUCGGAAAAGAUGCCAGCUUCGUAGGACCGUUCGGCCGGCAGAAAGUGAUGUACUGUGAUCACACGGCAUCUGGAAGGUCGCUGACGUUCAUCGAGGACUUCAUUCGGGACGAGGUAUUGCCGAUGUACGGCAACAUGCACACCACGACGUCCGUCACAGCACUGCAGACGACGUUGUUUCGGCAUGAAGCCAGGGACAUUGUGCGAGCCAGCGUCAAUGCCAGCGAGAGUGACUCCGUUGUUUUCGUGGGUACCGGCUGCACUGGUGCAGUCCAUAAACUGAUUGCUGCCCUUGCCCUUUCUGUACCUCCUGUUGUUUUCGUGGACACGUUUACUCAUCAUUCUGUCCUACUUCCCUGGCGGGAAAUCAAAGCCGAGAUUGUCAGGGUGUCUGAAACAGCAGACGGUGUUUUAGACAUGUCUGUUCUGGAGGCCAAACUCAAGGAGUAUGCGGGGGAGAGGUCAAGGCAGCUGAUUGGCUGCUUCACGGCUGCGUCAAACAUCACGGGAAUUUUGAUGGACGACGUUGCGGUGACGGCUUUGCUUCAUCGCUACGGUGCCCUCGCGUUUUGGGACUACGCUUCUGCGGCGCCUUAUGUUCAAGUGGACAUGAACCCAGUGGUACCUAGCGUUGAACAGGGACUGGCAUAUAAGGAUGCCAUCUUCAUAUCUCCUCACAAGUUUGUGGGCGGACCAGACACGCCGGGGAUCUUGGUUGCCAAGAAAAAGCUCUUUGUGAAUGCCGUGCCCUCCGGCUGUGGCGGCGGAUCUGUGUUUUUUGUGUCCAGGACGAGCCACCGCUACCUAAGGGAAGUGGAGGCGAGGGAGGAAGGUGGGACGCCAUCCAUUGUUGGGGCCAUCCGCUGCGGCCUGGCUUUCCAGCUCAAGGAUGCCAUCGACCCCGAUUUUCUCUCGUCUCGCGAGGAGCAGCUCUGCAGGAGGAUGAUGGACGCAUGGCACGACCUCCCAGACCUGGUGGUGCUUGGAAACAGAAAAGCGAAGCGUCUCCCAAUCGUUUCCUUUGUCAUCCGCCAUCCGGCAUCGGGACUUUUCCUCCACCACAACUUCGUCUGCGCUCUCCUCAACGACCUGUACGGCAUCCAGGCCCGCGGAGGCUGCGCUUGCGCAGGUCCUUACGCGCAGGACCUACUCGGCAUCGACGAAGAUUUGGCCCUUCGCUACGAGAAACUCCUCGCAGAAAAUAGGAUGCUGGAUCGCACGCUCCUUAGGCGAUACACCGAGCAUUCGGAACGUGAAGUGCUUCGUCCUGGAUUCGUCCGGCUCAACCUCUCCUUCUACCUUCCGGACGCGGACGUGGACUUUGUGCUCGAAGCGGUCCGCCAGGUUGCCAGGGACGGCUGGACUCUCCUGCCCCAGUACGUCUUCAAUCCGGAGACCGGAGAGUGGAAGCACUCGAGGCACCAGGUCUUCAAGGAAAGAAAAUGGCUCGGCUCCAUUUCAUACAGAACCGGGAAGUUCUCCUAUCAUGGCAGUGAAGACGAAGACAACUUCUCUGCGUGUGCAAAGAAUCCGAAAGAGGUCCUUCAAAAAGCUGAGCAGGUGUACGCCAAUGCUGCAAAGGUGGCGAACAGGGCAUCGCUUGCCGACCAAGCUGUCAUGUUCGACGAUGACUCCGCAAAACUUCGGUGGUUCCUUCUUCCGAGUGAAGCGCAGCAGUUGCUCCAGGGGGACACGGUUGCCUUCCAGGAGUCUCCAUUUGCUCCUCCUGUUCUACGAGCAGAAUCAUGUAGAACGAAAGUUGAGCCCUCGGACGAUCCGGCGCAGUGCGAAACGCUGCCCAAUGAGAUUGCCGCUUUGCCAGGGAACAGCAGCGAGAGUAAAUCCGAAGAUGUGACACGUUUCCUCUGGCACUCCCCUCCCAAGCAGAUCUUCAAGCCGUUUCUAAAAGCAGUGACCGAGUUCAGCAUGUUCGCCAACGGAGACCGGGUGCUUGUGUGCCUGUCCGGCGGAAAGGACUCCCUUUCCCUACUGCACACCCUCCGGCAAUUCCAGUUCUACUUUCGGAGAAAGGGAAAAAAGUUUGACCUGGGUGCAGUCACAGUGGAUCCAGGCAGUCCUCUGUACGACCCCAGGCCUCUGAAAAAGUACCUGGCGGCCCUUGGAGUUCCCUACUUCUACGAGGAACAGUGCAUUCUGGACCAAGCGUCAGCCUUGCCCGAGUGCACUUCCAUCUGCAGCUUCUGCAGCCGCAUGAAACGGGGCCGCAUCUACGCCUGCGCGCGCCGAGAGGGCUACAAUGUUCUUGCCUUGGGGCAACACUUGGACGACCUUGCCGAGAGCUUCGUGAUGUCAGUGUUCCACAACGGCCGUCUGAGGACCAUGAAGGCUAACUACACCGUGAGGGAAGGUGACCUCCGCGUUACUCGGCCUUUUGUGUACGUCAGGGAGAAGAACCUGCGCAAGUUUGCUGAGGAGAUGAGGCUGCCAGUAAUUGCCGAGAACUGCCCCGCAUGUUUCGAGGCUCCUAAGGAGCGGCACCGAGUGAAGCAGCUGCUGGCAGCACAGGAGAUCCUCUUUCCCAAGCUGUACCCCAGCCUGGGCUCGGCAAUGCAUCCCCUCAUGGCCAUCAACAGGACUGGCGUCGAGAGCAAGCUUCUACGCAACGGAUUCACAGCCGCAGACUCCGACACCGACUGAGAACGUGGCUCCGUCCGUAGUUGCGCCACGCAGCGAGUUUGGGCACCCAUAGUCGGCGAUAGGUUAAGAACCCAACAGACGCUGCUCCUUGAGCACGAGCUUUCUGCAUGCUGGAGGCGGAGCAUCCACUAGAUUCUUAACCCGUUGCCGACUAGAGCGACACUGCGAUCGGCUUGAGCUCAGAUAUGUAAAUAAGGGGGUCGAGUUUGUAAGGGGAUUUUAGGGCCUGGUGAUUUUACCAGUUCUCUUUGUACAUGCAGCAUUUUGAAUACGAGGGGAAAAUUUGACGGCAUUAAAGUGGCGUAAUAAAGCAA